AUGUUCCUGCUCCCUCUGGAAUUGAGAUGGCCUUCCAUUGCGGCCGAUAGAGGCCCGCUGACCUACCGUCGAACCUGCGCGAGUUCAACGCUCAACGCUGAGGCCCUUGCGUUCCUGCCAAUGACCGGGACCCCUAUCUCCAACGGGCUGGCCAACCUCACGUUAUCCUUCUCGCUCACCAGAUCUCUCUGGAAAAGGAAAGAAGGCAGCAGGAACGGGGAUGACGUUGCAAAACUCGAGCGGGCUCUCAAGGCUCUGGAUGCAACAUCGUCGUCGGCCUCAGCGCCUUUAGAUGCGGCUCUGAUUACCAGCGCCAUGGAAGGGUACAUACACAGGCCCUCGAACUCGACCUACAAAGAUGUCCCCAUUAUGGUCAAGAUGCACUGCGAGAAGGAGAUCCCCGAACGCGAUCACAAGGUCAGGACAAGCUCACCCACUCGCCGCACUCCCAAGACUGUUCAAUGUUACGAAAGCAAAAGCGAGCGUCUGUUCGGCAACUGGUUGCUGGACAUGCUCGGCGAGGAAGAAAGGCAAAGCAGGCCGAACACGACGGGACCGACGGGACCCGAUGGCCCGGACAUCGGCCCGGGAAAUGUGGACCCGUCGUUCGGGAGGCGGUCAAAGUCCCCGGGCCCCUCUCGCAUGACCGAGUUUUACCCGACCUAG